UUGACAAUUAGAUAGGUAACCAAAGAAGAUAACCUCACAUUAUUGACAGAAUAUUUGUUUUCAUUUUAUGUAAUUCUUAAAUAAAUGGUUGUAUAUUAAAUAAAAAUGCAUUUCCUGCGUAUUUCUGGUAUCUUACCUAAAUUGCGAAAUGUUAUAUGUAGAAGAUAUGUUCAAGCUUUACAGUCGGAAGAAAGCGAAUAUACUGAUACACCACAGUAUCCUCCAAUAUUGGAUAUGAGUUUGCAAGCUAGAAAAAUGAGAGAAAGGGAAACUAUUCAUAAUAAAAUACAAAAAUUAGACACAAUCGAAGAAAAACAAAUUGCUUUAAAUAUGCCCCGGUACUAUGGUUGGAAAUGUGUUAUAUUCAAUGAAGAUAAAGUACCAUAUAAUGCGUUGCCAUUAGUACAACAUUAUACGAGAACUUGUUUCAAAGAUAUAGAAAAGCUUCCGGAUAUAUAUUCACAGACUUCAUCGAUCGCAGAUGCGGUUGUGACAGAGAUCAAAUCACAUAUUGAAGAAAGUAUAGCCAUAGAAAAUGAUGGUGUUGAGUAUAACUUUGCAAUAACUACUGAUAAAUUUGAAAAACAGCAAAUUGAUGAUAAUAAGACAAAAAACAUAGUGAAACAGAUAAAUAGGAUUAUAUCAAAUCAUCUAACUGAUAAAGUUUCUCACAUUCUUACAUCACAGGUGGACUACGAUCCACGACAUGAAGCAUUCUGGUUCAUUGGUGGGGUAGAUGUGCCAAAUAAUGUAGUUAACUGGAGGAGAAAGUAUAAAUGGCUAAAAGAGAGGGCGCAUGAACCUCUGGACAGACCUGUGCAAUAUAUAGGUUCACCAUUAUUAACACUAAGGAAUCACUUGCCUCUAAAACCCAUUGUACCAUACAGUGAAGCAGAAAAUCCAGAAUUCAAGGUUCCUGUAUAUCCAUAUGUACCAGAAACUGUAGGAUAUUAUUCAAAUUAUCGCCAUGGAACAAAUAUCCCAGGCUAUUGGCCAGGGGACUUUGAUGAAUAUGGUUUAUUGUCAUAUCAUGGCCGUGGACACAUACUACAUAGAAGUGAAUCCUACGGUCCAGAAGAUAACUUAGAAGCAUUACAUUGUCAAGGAAUUAAAUCUAGUUUUGGUUGGCUUCUAGCUCAGGCUAAUUAUCAAGGAUUUACAACUUUCAAUGACCUAACUUAUCCAUUAGUGACACAAACAAUUAUAACAAAUGGUCAUCUUUUAUCUUUCUAUGUCUAUCAGUUAAAUACAAUUGUUAUGCAUAAUGAUGUAAUUGACAGCAACCCUAAACAUAACAUAUGCUUUGGUACAAAACCAUUAGCAUUAUAUGAUUGUAUUGAAGAUGGUAAAGUGAAAGGCUUGAAUGAAGAUGUAUUGAAAAUGCUAGUCCAGUUUUACUUAAAUACUCCAGAAGAAAGAGAUCAUGACAUGAAACCUUUCCUUGGCAAGGAGGAACAAGUAGUUGCAGAUAUUGAAGAUGAUAACAGGCGCUGUUGGUUAGAAGAAAGGUAUAAACAUUUAGUUGCAAAUGUACCAAAACAUAAUUUACUACCUGAACUUUAUCUCUGGGAAAAAAUAUACAAGAUCAAAUUUAACACUAGAUUCUUUGAAGCUAAGAGGAAACCAUUUGAAUAUGAUAUUAACCCAUUCAAGAGAAGGCUUGAUGAACAUUUACCUCCUUAUAUUCCUAAAGUUUUAAGGCCCUAUCCAAGAUCCAAAAAGAAGUUUGAAACUACAUAUUAUCCAAAAGUUUAAUUUAAUUUAAUAAGUUGAUAUUGUACGACAUUUUUAAUGAUAAAAUAAAUAUUAGCUAUAGUAA